UGUUUUUUGGCUGUAGCAUCCAGUGUGUUAUUAUUAACUUUUGCUUUUCCUUGUUCUGUCGUCUUUUCUCCCCUCUCUUACGUUUAAAGCUUCCCCGAAAUCAAAACCACAUAUAUCGAACAAUUUUACAAACUCAGGACUGUAUCUAAUUAGUGGAAAAUUGCUUCUCUUCUUUACUUAUAUUUCUUAGUGUAGUGUGCUAGAUUAGGUGAGAGAUCAAUAUGGAGAGAAGAAACCCUACCGUAUCUUCUUCAUCGUCGAGAGCUGACCGGAAAACAAUCGAGAGAAACCGAAGAAAUCACAUGAAGUCCCUCUUCUCCGAGCUCUAUUCUCUUGUUCCGCAUCAAAGCUCGAGGGAUGUGGCACCGCUCCCGGAUCAACUUGAUGAAGCUGCAAAGUACAUUAAGAGAUUGCAGAUAAACGUGGAGAAGCUGAGGGAGAAGAAACAAAACUUGCUUCGAAUUGAAAGCCUAAACUCGAGCAUGAGAAGCGGGAUGGUGAUGGAUUCAGAGUCCUCGAUGCCCCACAUUGACAUUCACCAAACAGGAUCGGCUCUUGUGGUAAAUUUUGUCAACGGGUGGAGGAGUUGUUAUAACUAUCAGUCGCUGUUCAACAAAACCAUUCGAGCUUUGCAUGAAGGGGGAGCUGAAGUCAUCAAUGGCAGCUUCUCCAUUGUUGGUGAUAGAAUUUUCUCCACGAUUCAUUCCGAGGUUCGAGACUCAGCACUCCUGUCCACAGAGGCGAGAAUUUCAGAGAGAUUACAUAAAAUUUUCUACACAGAUAAUGCAGAGCUCGAUUAUGCAUAUUGAAGAGUAUGUUAACGAUGGAAUUUCCCUCAUUUCCCUAUGCUUUAUUUAUCUCUUGAAGAAGAAACAUUUAUCCUUGGACUUCCCUUUUUUGAUAAGUAAUCAUAUGAGUUGAGAUUUC